AUGUCCCAACGACCAUCUACACCCGUCAAGGUGCCGCCCUCGGCAGCAAACUACACCCCCGCGACGCUAGACCCAGACUUGCGAUCGCAAAUCAACACAAUCCUGCUGAAAGACGGCCACGUUACCAAGUCAGUGCCCAUCCCUCCCCCUUCUCCUCCCCGAAAGCAAUUGGCUAACAUGCCCACACCCUGUAGAAUCCAAGAAGCCCUCCUCCACGCCCUCAACUCCAACUCCUCCAACUGGCCCACCGCCAUCCAGAACCACGCCCUGACCCUCCUCCGCUCCGGCGAAGUCACCACAUUUCCCGCCCUCCUCCGCCGCGUCCUCGACGACGUCCGCGAGGGCCAGCCAUCCACAUCAUCCACGUCGAGCGCAAACGGCAAGUCCUCGGCGACAACAAACGGCAACGGCGACACCAAGAAGACAAACGGCGCCUCCUCGUCCGAAAAGCUGCCCCUCGCCAUCCCCACCUCCGUAAUAGAAGAGGCCCUCCGCAUCACAAGGGAAAGCCUCGACGCCGUGUGCGAGAUCGAGGAGAAGGGCAGCGGCUAG